AUGGGCAGCCGGCCCCGCAGUCCCAGCGCCUGCCUUGCGCCCUGGUGGGGACAGCAGCCAGGAGGACCAGGCCCUGCCAAGCGCAGCCGAUUGGAGGAGCCCGCGGGCCCCGAACCCCGCGCGGCGCCCAGCCCGGAAGACCCGGCGGGGAUCCUGGCCGUGGACGCGCUCACCUCCGUGGUGGUCCUGGCCGCGGGCUGUGCCGUGCGUGUGCCGCUAGAGAACGUCGACCUGGUGCUGGAGCUCGCGCCAAUGUCGGUCCUGCAAGUGUCUCUUGGUGGACACACCCUCAUCCUGAUCCCCGAGGUCCUCCUAAGCUCCGUUGACGAACGCUCAGGAGCGCAGGGCGACUCGUCUGCCGGCCUGGAAGUGGACGUUUUCCUGGGCGCUCAUGGGGAAGACGUCGUCGUCGAGCAGGAAGUCUUCUGCGCAUCUGUCCCAGAGAUCGCUGCCCAGGAAGAGGCCUACGAGGAGGACCCGGACUCUGAAUUCCCGGAGCUCUGCAUGGACUCCGCAUCCGGCUCAGCCGCUGGGCUCUACCCCUCCGCUGGAAGUAUGUUUAGCCCCUACCGGGAGGGCCCCAUCCCAGGGCCCUGUGCUCCGGCCUCCAACCCCAGUUCAGAGAGACGCUCUCCAAGCCCCAUCUUCGACCCGGAAUUCCACCUUCUGGAGCCUGUCCCCAGCUCACCUCUCCAACCUCUACCUCCCUCUCCAAGUCCAGAUCCCCACGCGCGCCCGGAGCUCCCAGAGCGCCCUCCGUGCAAGGCCCGGAGACGCCUGUUCCAGGAAUGA